AUGCGCCUGCUCACGAAUCUCCUACACUCCUACGAUGCCGCCGGCAACAACCUCAUUGUGAUAGUUAACGCCGAGGAUCGCGAGAAUGGCUGGAUCGGCGAGGCCCUCGCCGAGCAUGCGGCCAUCAGCAUGUCGCCAAAGGCGAGGGGGCUGACUGUCGUGAACACGGAUUACACAAACGUCGGCGCGCGAGAGAAGAUGUAUGCCCAGGGCGGCAUCUUCAGCAUCACCUCGCGUAUCCUUGUCGUCGACCUCCUGACCAAUUUGCUCGACCCGGAGACGAUCACCGGUAUCAUCGUGCUGCAUGCGGACAAGGUCGUUGCUACAUCGCUCGAGGCGUUCAUCCUACGUAUAUACCGGCAGAAGAACAAGGCUGGCUUCCUCAAGGCAUUCUCGGACAACCCAGACCCGUUCACCACGGGCUUCUCGCCGCUGUCGACUAUGAUGCGGAACCUGUUUCUGCGCAAGGCAUCGCUGUGGCCGCGCUUCCACCUCACCGUAGCACAGUCCCUCGAGGGCAAGAAGAAGGCGGAGGUGAUCGAGCUCGAGGUGCCCAUGACAGACAGCAUGAAGGACAUACAGAACGCGAUCAUGGAGUGCGUCGAGGUCAGCAUCCACGAGCUGAAGAAGGGGAACACAGGUCUAGAAAUGGACGACUGGAACCUAGACAGCGCUCUGAUGAAGAACUUCGACGUGAUGAUCCGCCGCCAGCUAGACCCCAACUGGCACCGAGUAAGCUGGAAGACCAAGCAGAUCGUAAAUGACCUGACCGUGCUGCGCGGUAUGCUCCAGGCCAUCGUAGCGUUCGAUGCUGUCACCUUCCUCCAGCAUCUCGACACCAUCCACGCCGCUCAUUCGCCCCCGCCAGGCUCGACGAGGCAGUCGCAAUCCCCGUGGCUGUUCCUUGACGCGGCGCAGACGAUAUUUGAUACUGCCAAGAGAAGAGUGUACACCGGGAAGCGAAACAUAGAGUCUGAGGCAUCGAUCGACUCCGUACGACCGGUGCUUGAAGAGCUGCCGAAGUGGGCACUCCUCGCCGACGUGCUCGCGGAGAUCGACCGGGACUUGUACUUUGAACCGCCAGGCCGGGACGACUCGAACGGGACGAUACUGAUCAUGUGCUCAGACACAGCGACGUGCCGUCAGCUACGGGAUUACCUGCAGACAAUGCAUGUCAAACCAAAGAGCGAGCAGAAGAAGGCGGCAGACUACGACGAGGAAGAGGACAAGCCAUCAGCCACGUUCAUGAUGCGCAGAAAGCUCCGCGCCUAUCUGCAAUGGAAACGCGAGUUUGCACAAGUCAGUGCGACCCUGUUCGCCGAGAACCAGAAUGCCCUCCGCGGGGCAUCCGACCCUCGGCUCAAGAACCGAGCACCAGCCAACAAGAGGCGGCGGGUGCGAGGAGGGGGUUCGAUGGCGGUCUCGAUGGGCCGUGCUGAGAACGGCAGUAUACUACCUUAUGUCGAGAAACCGACAGAGGUAGCUGACCUGAUGGCCGAGGUCCAGAUCACAGAAGAAGAGGCGAAGCAGAAGGCUGAUAUCAUUGCUGAUCCAUUGGAUGAUAUGGAUGAUUUCUACCAACUUUAUGACAUGCAAGAUCUCGUCGUGAUUCAUGCGUACGAUGGUGAUCAGGAUGAGCAUGUGCUGGAGGAGGUGAAGCCGCGGUAUAUCAUCAUGUAUGAGCCUGAUGCCGCAUUCAUCAGACGAGUGGAAGUCUACCGGUCGUCGCACAACGAUCGGAAUGUCCGUGUGUACUUCAUGUACUAUGGCGGAUCCGUGGAGGAGCAACGCUAUCUAUCAAGUGUACGAAGAGAGAAGGAUAACUUUACAAAACUGAUCAAGGAGCGAGCGAGCAUGGCUGUGGUCAUGACGACGGAUGCCCACGGUAUAGAAGAUCCGCAGGAGGCUUUUCUGCGUACAAUCAACACACGUAUAGCUGGCGGUGGACGCCUAGCUGCUACGGCGCAGCCACCCCGCGUGGUGGUAGAUGUCCGAGAGUUCAGGUCAUCGCUCCCCUCACUCCUUCACGGCCGCUCGAUGGUCAUCGUGCCAUGCAUGCUCACAGUGGGCGACUACGUCCUCUCGCCGAACAUCUGCGUGGAGCGCAAGUCCGUCGGCGAUCUGAUCUCGUCGUUCAAGGACGGCCGUCUGUACAACCAGGCCGAGACCAUGUUCCAGCACUACAAGAGCCCGAUGCUGCUGAUCGAGUUCGACCAGAACAAGUCGUUCACACUAGAGCCGUUCGCAGACCUCUCAGGCAAUCUGAGCAGCAUCAACCCGGCCAACGUACCGUCGGAUCUUCAGUCCAAGCUGGUCCUGCUGACGCUGGCCUUCCCCAAGCUGCGCAUCAUCUGGUCCAGCUCGCCGUACCAGACCGCCGAGAUCUUCGAGUCGCUCAAGGCGCAGGAGGAAGAGCCGGACCCGAUCGCGGCGGUCCGCGCCGGGCUGGACAAGGACCAGAAGGCGGACGAGCAGCCGUUCAACCUGCAACCGGAGGAGAUGCUCGGCGUCGUGCCGGGCGUGACGCCCAAGAAUAUCACGAACAUCAAGAUAGAGCUGGAGAACGUCAAGGAGGUUGCCAACUCCACCGUGGAGGAGCUGGAGCCGAUGGUAGGCAAGGAGGCUGCUAGGCAAAUAUACGGGUUCUUUAACAAGGACCUUAUAGAAGAUGGUGAAUAG